AUGUGGAAAGUUGAUUAUUCAAUGAAGCGCCAUGCUGCACCAAUCAAUUGUAUUGAUAUUAGUCAAGACAUGAAUCAUAUGGCUACAGCUUCCACUGAUGGUAGCGUUGGAAUUACUGAUCUUGUAACACGCGAAACAAAAUAUGCACAAAGUCAUCAAGACCCAUUUCUUGCUUGCGCUUUUUCACCAAAUUCUCAAAUUAUCGCCAGCUGUACAAAUAGCGGAAACGUUAUUUUAUGGAAUACUAACCAGACAACAGAAAUUACAACUUUCAAAGCACAUUCUCAAAUUGCAAGGACUAUUUGUUGGUCUCCAGAUGGCCAAUACAUUGCAACAGGAUCAAAUGAUAAAACUGCAGCAAUUUGGUCAAUGAAUCGGUAUACAAAGCGCCACACUCUUACUGCAAUGAAUGGUUGGGUAAGAGAUAUCAAAUGGCUCGACAAUUUAAUUGCUGUCGCAGGAAAUGAUACAAAUAUUUAUAUUUACGAUCAAAGAGCUCAAAAGCCAGUAUAUACACUUCAAACAGGAAGUGGUUCUGAUAUAUCAUCCAUUUCUUUCCAUUAUGGCGGCUCAUGCAUAGCUGCAGGUUCAUUUGAUCAUGUUGUUCGAAUUUGGGAUCUCAGAACUCAAACAAUACUUCAAAAGCAUUCUGCCCAUAUUGAUGGCGUAACAUGUGUUGCAUUCAAUCCAUAUAAUGAAGAACUCCUCAGUGUUGGCAGAGAUGGAUAUGCUAGAUUGUGGGAUUUGAAGAUUGCUGAUAUUGCAUGCACAUUCAAUCAUCACAAUGGAUACGCUUUGAGCUGCUGCUGGCUUCCAUCUGCUCGUGGAUUUGUUACUUCAGGUGAAGAUCGUAAAAUUUGUGCAUAUAGACUCGAUGGCAAACCUGUUGAUCCAAACUCUCUUGAAAUGGAUGAUGGUGAUAUAUUUGCAGCUCUUGAAAGGAUGCAACAAGAAAUUGCAUCAUUGGCAACUACGAUGAAGACACUGGAUCAACGUCUGCUUCUCCAAGAAGAAAAAUUGCAGUGGCUCCAAGAUAUUGAUUGUCCAAAGCUCCGCAAGAACAAAAAUUAA